AUGAGAUUGGCAUUCGUCGCCCUUGUUUUUGCUAUCGGCUAUGUUGGUAAGUACUGUAUUACAUAUUCAAAUUAAACAUUCGUAUUUUACCAUACAAGUAUUUUACUAAAAAGUUAUACGGCAAAACAUCUUUAUUAUGACUCUCGAUCGUAUAACACUCUUUUUAUAUUGACAGCUUUUUGACCGCCUUUUGUAUUAGAUUGUUUAAAUAAUUCUGUGCCUCCUAACUCCAAAAAUUGUCGUAGAAAAAAGCACAAAAUUAUUUGAACGACCUAAUAACAAAACUCCUACCAAAAAUUACCUGGACAGUGUGACACGCUAGUCAUAAUGAUAGAUUGGUCCAGCCUGUGAGUGUCAUACAAAUGAGGUUUGACUGUACUUAACUAGAAAGCUUUAUUUUGAUCCAUAACGUUUUUGAAGCACUUGCCUUCACUUUAGUAACUAUUUGCCUUACAAUACUGCUCCAGUUUUUUGUAUAAAAAUCUUUGUUUUCAGCCUCCCAAGACCUGGAUUUAGUUGGUGGAGCGUUAGUUAUGGACACUACCCCCACUACGCCAACCACACCUACCACCCCCACAACUCCUACUACUCCAACUACUCCUACUACACCAACCACGCCGACAACGCCAACAACUCCAACUACACCAACUACUCCAACAACUCCAUCCUGUAAGUUUAUGUUUGCCUUAGAAACAGAUGUUCAAUAGUCUUGUGUUCACUUUGCUUGUGGACGCUUAUAAAAGGAAGAGAAGACAGCCGUUUUAGAGAUUCAACAAUAUUGACAUCAAAAUUAAAAACUUUAUAUUAAGAAACUUUUUUAAACAAAAGACGAAGCGACACCCCGUAUUUUACAUUAAAUCCCUUUUACAUCGCAGUCAAAAAACAAUUUUUAAAACUGACGCUGUAUAUCAUGACAGAAGAAAAUAUGUUAAAUUUUCUAAAUUUUAGCCAUGUGCGUAGACGGAGCGACGAACUGUGCCCAAUUCAAGAGUCAGUGUAGCUCAUCGAAAAUGAAGACCUAUUGUAAACAAACUUGUGGUAUGUGCACCUCGACUUCAGCUGCAGCCUGCGUCGAUGGUGCGACAAACUGCGCCCAAUUUAAGAGUCAAUGCAGCAAAUCAACUAUUAAAAGUGUUUGCAAACAAACAUGUAGAUCAUGUUAA